GGAGAGCGACAGGGACCGAGAGUGGAGCUGCGAGACGUGUCGGGGGGGGGGACAGGGACAGAUAAACAGGGAGACGCAGGCAGAGAGACGCAUUCAGCCGCUUUACGAGGACACUCUACGGCUCAGCUGCGGACAUGGACGUGACGGUCUGACGAGCCCCAGACACGGCCCCGCUCUCCAACAGGUCCACCGCAGCCGCGAGCAUGUCGACGGCAGAGGGAACCGGCCAGCGCGAGGAAGGAGAGUACGGAAGGGCGGCAAAGCGGCUGAAAACGGAGGAGAGGGAGGAAGGGGAAGAGGAGCUGGAGGAAGGAGAGGACUCGGACUCCGGUUCGCUGCCCGGUAACGGCGAGUCAGCGGCGGACAACCGGGCCCGAUGGAGCUCCAGCCAAUACGGAGCAGGACGGAGGGAUAACGGUGAGGACUCCCAUCGUAUCUCUCCCAGUCCUGUGGUCCAUGUCAGGGGUCUGUGUGAGGCUGUGGUGGAAGCGGACCUGAUAGAUGCCCUGGAGAAGUUUGGACCCAUAUGUUACGUGAUGAUGAUGCCAUUCAAGCGUCAGGCCCUGGUGGAGUUCUCUGCAGUGGAGAGCGCCGACCGCUGUGUGUCCUGCGGAGCCAAGGAGCCUGUCUACAUCGCAGGCCAGCAGGCGUACUUUAAUUACUCCACAUCCAAGAGAAUCACCAGGCCGACCAAUGCUGACAACCCCAACAGUGGCAACAAAGUCCUCCUGCUGUCCAUACAGAACCCCCUCUACCCUAUAACCACGGACGUUCUGUACACAGUGUGCAAUCCCAUCGGUAGUGUGCUGAGGAUCGUCAUCUUCAAACGAAAUGGAAUCCAGGCCAUGGUGGAGUUUGAGUCUGUUCAGUGUGCUCAGAAGGCCAAAGCUGCACUGAACGGCGCUGACAUCUAUGCUGGUUGCUGUACGCUCAAGAUUGAAUAUGCAAGGCCAACACGUCUGAACGUGAUAAAGAACGACAACGAGAGCUGGGACUACACUAAACCAUACUUGGUCAGACGAGAUCGUGGAAAGGGCAGACAGAGACAGGCCAUUUUAGGAGAACACCCAUCAUCCUACAGUGAGAAUGGUUAUGGUCCACCCUGCCCCCUGCUGCCUCUGCCCGGCAACAGCAGGUACAAGCUCACCUCAGUGGAUGUUCCUGACAUGGUGUCCUACCCUCUGCCCCAGUCAUCCUCCUCAUACUCUGGCCACGCCCCUAGCUCUGUUGCCAUGGUGAGCGGCCUCCAUCCAUCCAAGAUGAACUGCACCCGCAUCUUCAACCUCUUCUGUCUUUAUGGCAACAUUGAGAAGGUGAAGUUUAUGAAGAGUGUUCCUGGGACAGCGUUGGUUGAGAUGGGAGAUGAGUAUGCUGUGGACAGAGCCAUCACCCACCUCAACAGCAUCAAGGUGUUUGGAAAGAGACUCAACGUCUGUGUGUCUAAGCAGCACGCAGUGAUCCCCAGUCAGGUGUUUGAGUUAGAGGACGGCAGCAGCAGCUACAAGGACUUUGCCAUGACCAGGAACAAUCGCUUCAGCAGCGCUGGGCAGGCCUCCAAAAACAUCAUCCAGCCUCCAUCUGCAGUGCUGCACUAUUACAACGUUCCUCCGUGCAUAUCACAGGACCAUUUACUGAGGCUGUGUACGGAGCAUGAUGUGCCCGGCUUCGUCAAAUUCAAGAUGUUUGAUGCGAAACCCUCCUCUAAGACCAUCUCUGGCUUGUUGGAGUUCGACAAUAAGACGGAGGCUGUGGAGGUUCUUACUGUUCUCAACCACUACCAGAUUAGGAUACCCAAUGGGUCCAACCCUUACACUCUGAAACUGUGCUUCUCCACUUCAUCUCAUCUAUAAAAAGCUGUAGAGCACAAGAGAAGGCUGCUGAGUCUGAUGGUGGCUGAGCUCUGACCUAAGAGAGGGACAGGGACCACGAGAGACAGACGCACAGACAAGUAGAAGAGAGAUACAAGCAAGACGAAGAGAGCGAGGGAGAGAUGGCCUUUAAAGGACACAAAGAAGAUGGAAAGAAAAGUGUUGAGGGGAGAGAGGACGCUGUCACUGUCUCCAAACCCAACAUCAAAUGUACAUCAAUCAUCCCACCAUCCAGUCACACCUCAGAAGCUGACAGACUAUUGACUGUCUGAAAUACUCUAAUAAUGUCUUUAUGUUGUCACAUGGGGACGUCUGGAGGACAUUGAUCACGUGUGUGUCCCAGAAGUCUUCACUGCAUGGUAAACAGGUCCUCGGGUGUGGACCUGAGCAGACAGACUCUGAGGAAUCUGUUGUACAAAAGCUGAGUCCACUUCACUUCAGUGUCUGUCAGACAUCUGUAAAAUCAUGCUCUGCACACGGCAGAUUGGUGACUGAAAUCAUAUUUUAAUGUUUAGAAACUGAUAAAUGCAGUGUGUUGCUUUGAAUUGCCGUUGAACAUAUGUAGUAAAUAUGGAUGCGAUUUUAACAGAAGUUCUCAUUUAGGAUUCAUUAGAACUGCGUGAACCUCUCUGCCCCGGCAGCGAGGCCUCAGGCCUGAGGAGUCGCUCCACUGCUUGGUCAAACACUUUGCCCCGGAGUGAAAUAUCUCAACUACUAACCAGCUGCUAAGUUUUGCUGUAGAUAUUCAUGGUCCACAGAGGAAGACGUCAUGGUUUUGGUGACCCUCUGAUCGGACUUUUUCCAUUCCGCUAACAUAAGUCCAUGUUUCCAGAGGAUUUUUUCAAGCCCCAUCCUCAGCUUUACCACCAUCACCAAACCCAUACUUACAAAAUAUCACACUCUAAUAGGCAGAUGGUCAUGAAAUCUACUGAGCACAUUCAUUCUGUUCUUACAAUAACCUCCUUGCAUUUCAGACACUCCCAUUAGUGCCACCCUCAAUCCAAAAUACCAGCUUUGCAUACAAGAUACCUGAUAAUACAACUGGCAGAUUGAUGAAAAGUUUCCUAAUCGCAAUCCUUGAACCCUUUUGAUUUUAAUGCCAUUUCUCUAGCACCACCCCCAGGACAAAUGGUACAUUUUCAGUCGCACUCCUGGCGAGACUUUUAAGAAUAACAAAGUUAUUAUCCUGCAUUUUGUUCUCUCUUUCAAGUUGUGAUGUGUAAUGAAACUACAGCCUGGAGGGGGUUGCUGACAGGGUUUUAGACUUUGAGAGAGAGAGAUGUGAAGUCACAGUGAACACAAUGAGAAGAUGGAGCUAAUUAAAAAUAUAGAUUCUGUGCGGAGGUUGCAUGUUCUCCUCCCCUGCUUACUUAGGUUUCUUCUCACAGUCCAAAAUCAUGCAGGUUAGGUGAACUGCUGACUCUAAAUUCUCUGUAGGUGUGAAUGUGAGUGUGUUUAUCUGUCUAUGUGCCAGCCCUGUGAUUGACUGGUGACCUGUACAGUGUGUACCCUGCCUUUCACCCAGUGUCAGCUGGGACUGGUUCCAGCUCCGCAACAGCUCUCAAGAACAAGUGGGUGUAGAAAAUGGAUGGAUGGAUGGAUGGAGCACACAGUUAAGUGUCAAAUAGUGUAUUGUAUCUGGUAGGGAUUCCUGGCUUUGCUGUGACAUUAACUUAUUUAAAACUCUUUAAUCUCAUUUCAGUGUUUUAAAAUAAUCUCAUGGGCUGAAAACUCACAAUACUUCUCUGUCGCUCAAUAUCGUAUAUUUAAAAUCGCAAUUUUAUUUUCACAUGGUACAGUGUAACACUACAGGGGCUGCCUGUGAGUCUGUGUAUUGUGUCUAUUAAUGUGUAUUGUGAAAAGUUAAAAAUAUUCAGCAGAAUAUUCCUGAGACACACACACACACACACAUCAGGAUGGCCACACCGAACACAUUGGUGACAUGUGGCACUGACUUUAGCGCUGAGUUGCUGAUUGUGUCAGUUCACUGCUGUCAGACCAGCAGCCUGAGCCUUCAUUGUGAUGGUGGAAGGUUGAAUUAUUUGGUCUGGAGUAGAGUUACAACACUGUAAUAAACAAACUGUGCAUAGAAAUAGUGUUGGGGAGUGGGACUGCCCUGCUCUUCUGGUUGUAUAUUGUUGGAUAAAGAAAGGCUCAUUUUACAAGGUGUUGAGCCAAAAACCAUAUCAGACAAAUAACAGGCUGGGAGAUAACGGAAAUAACUGGACCUCUGCCUGCAUGUAAACACAGUCAGUGCUUAUUCGAUGCUUUGAUUAAAGAUAUUAGACCUAAUGCAUCAGCGUUUCAAUAUUCAGAUCUCACCUUUACAAAAACAGUCCUGCUUUUUAUCUUUUAUGAUGCUUGAUUUUGGGACAGUGACUGAUCAGUUAAUGUGUGUAAAACAGCAGGAUAUAUCUGGUGGGAUGAAUAGAAAGGCAGGGUUGUCGAAAAAAAAACUCAUGACUUUUUGUUUUGACUCGAUUUGAUACCUAAAAAUGCAGCAUGAGGUCAGCACCGAGGACACAUCAAUUUUUGUGGCACUUUUUCAAGACGUUCAAGGCCCAUCUUUGAGUCCAUGGUGCAACCUAACACAAGACAGGUUUGAAAGAGUCCAGUUUAACCUUUUAAAAAAGGGUGAAUGCACCUAGAAAUAUCUGUUACACACAUGCACUGCUUUUUAAAAUGGACUGCACAACUACUGUAAGAGCAGUAUUUCAAAAUAGAACCAGAAAAAUAGUCUAAUCUUACAUCCCAACUCUUGAAUUACAUAAUAUUUAAGGACAUUUUGCUUUGUCAUAACUGCAUAUUAAUUUCUCUUUUAAUAUUUUGGUUUUUAUUGUAAGUUCUUUUUUUUAUUCUAAUGCUAAUUCAAGAUUUCUUUGUGGAUUUUGCAUGAAACUAUGUGAAUAAACAGGCUACCUAAAUUCUGGAAGAGGCACAGGCAUGGAUGGAUUACUAACCAGGCCCAAGGACCCAAAAGGUCUGGUGGUCUCUGAGUAAGAGCUUCUGUAUGAAGAGACAGUUAAUAUAUCUUGUUUGAAAGUUACAGAGCUCAGUUAAAAGACACAAGGCGACUAUAAAGAGAUGCAAAACGACUAUAAAGGAGGCCCUGUACAGAGUCACUCUUACCUGUCUGUGCCCAUGGGCCUGUUUUCUCAUAAUCCAUCCAUGUCCAGGCACAGAGUGGCUGAUUGGACACACUGGGCUUCUUUGAAAAAGUGCAGUAAGAAAAAGUGUAUUCCUCUGUUCCACACUGUAUCUCACAUAGGACAUGCAGAUUUCAGGAUCCAUCACACUUGUGAAUUAAGGCAUGCCUUUUGUAUAUACUGUGUCGAUAAGGAAAGGGUGUGAAGAGUUUUGACAGAUGAAUCUCACUUAGUCUGUAGUUAAAUUAUUGCUCCUGUAGAUGUUGUGCAACAGUUUCAUUAAAUGGACAAUGAGAAGUUUGUACGUCUCUUACAGCACUUGAAUCUUACUGUAUUUCUAAGGUGUUUUUUAUUUAUUCUUUUAAAUUAUUCUUCCCUGCGACCCUGACGGAUUAAGCAGUAUAGAAAAUCAAUGGAUGGAUGGAAUUAUUCUUACUUUUUUUUUUAAAGCCUUUGUUAAAUGAGGGCUGCUGUUACUCUGAAACUGAUGUAAGGUUUUAAUCACAGGACAGACAGUAUGGGACAGAUCCACAGGUAUCUCAUGAUUUUUAGGCUGUAAAGGUUUAAUGUUGUUAAUAGUCUGUAAUCACUAACAAAACAUUUAGAAAAAUACAUAGAACUAUAUUGUGCCAUUCAUUUAAGAAUCUCUGUGGUUGUAAUGUACAUGUACAUGUUCAAACUGAAUAAAUUCAAGUCUGUGGCUGUAAGGUCAGCGACACAAAGCU